UGCUGUUGUUGUUCCGGAAAAGCGGAAGUCCCUCCCACAGCUGGAACCUGGAACGUCUGACGGCGGAGGGGCGCUUGAGGUUGCACGAUUUGUCGCUGAUUAGGGAGGGCAGUGAUACCAUGUGGCAGUCACAUGAACGUGGAGGAUGAGGCAGGAUCGAGGAGGCAGCCUGACUACUGAGCCGCUGCACAGUGUCCACCGCAAAGAGGGGGGUUGCUUCCUGUACGAGGACCCCCACACAAGCUCCCCCCUGUGUCCCUCCUCCGUGAGCCCCCACAAUGAACAGCACCACCCAGACCCCCGCCGUGGUGGACGGUGGCCUGCCGGUCAGCUACGUGCUGGUGCCCUUCCUGCUCAUAACCAUUGCCGGGAUUGCUGCGGCUCUGAUCUUGUAUAUCCGCAGGAAAAGGAGAAUUGACCGGCUUCGUCAUCAGCUGUUACCAGUUUACACAUAUGACCCUUCAGAGGAGCUGAAUGAGGCCGAACAGGAGAUUUUGUGGAAAGAGGAAGACACGAGGAUUGUGCAAGGCUGGGCGAGAAGCUAUCAGCAGCGACGCCCCCUUCUGACCAAAGACGUCAGUGCAUGAUGGAAGCAAACCAUGACACGGGCCGCGGUGGAGCGAGGACACAACCUUCAGCCAUAGAGAUUAGUUAUCUUUCAACUUAAGCUUGUCACUUUGUCAUUGCUCCCGUUCGCCGUUAUCUCCAAGUACACGAGCAACAAUAAGCCUUUCUUUAACCUGUGUUAUAUAUAGACCGACUGCUCGUAUGUGAAGUCCUGAUGCCAAUCCCGUGUGCCUAAGAGAUGCAUCACCUUUGAUUUAUUUAUUUGAAUGUAUUUAUUUAAAAAAAAAAAAACAUUUUUACUGUUCUACGCAGUUGCAUCAAAGUCCCGGAAUGAAGGCAGACGGUAUGCGCCCCUUUAGGUUUAGUCUGUUUACAAUCACUUUGUUAUUGUGGGUGACGUGUGGCAGGCAGCUAUGUUCCUGUGGGUUGCAGCAGGCAUUAGUGCUGAUGGUAGCCAUGCCCCUGCUCAGUGUGGUAAACGCUGCAUGUCUACCGGUUAGACAUCAGCACUCCUGCCUGUCUGGGUCACUGCACGCCAUCGUUUGCCUCAUAUCGUUGGUUACUCUGAUAAAACACCUCUGCGGUGUUGAAAAAGAUCUGAACUUCAUGUCUGAGUCAGUAUUAGGGGCCACGCCCCGCCAGGCCGAGUGUCCGUGGGAGACCCGGGGCACUUUCGUUUUCACGUCUUUCGCCGGAGUUGAGUCGCUGCCCUGGAAUGCGCAUCUUUUGUGGUUUUGCCAAAUUCUGUGACUCAACAAUGGCAUGAUUCACCAGAUUUGGAAGCCAAUACCACCAGCUUCCUCUCGUCUCCUAAAUGAGUUGUGACUAGCACCCAAACUAUGUCCUGUGUACAAGGCCCGGCACCAGCAAACUGCAGCUUUGGCUGAAGAACCAGUGCAGAUGAAUGCCACAGGUCUGACUGUUCUCAGGAAACUACACCUUCACCCACCCACCCACCCACCCCCCUUCCUUACUGGGUUUAAAAUCUUUAUUUGCCUUGCAUUUGUUGAAUGUAAACUGUUGCGUCCUCGAAGGGCACCGAUUCAACAGUGGCAAUGUGAAAAGCUACUAGUGCUCGCUCAUAUCGGGCAAGACAUCUACAGGUGCUUUAGUCUGAGCCCUUCAUCAUCAGCACUGGACACGGGAGCACACGCUGCUGUCAAACAUGUUUUUUUGUAAGAUCACUUAAUAUUCGACAUAUGGGAAGAAGAAAACUUAACGCUUUGAGUAACUUCUGCAUUGACUUUUAAUGGUUCCGGAGGCGCUUGAGUCAAAGAACUGCUGAUGUAAAUGUGAUAUGGACUGCACUGUUGAAUUUUUUUUUUUCUGUCAGGCUUAGUUGCUUGGAACAAUAAAGAUGUUAAUGGAGUGAUACGUCGUCUAUCCCGCAGCUGCCAGUUGCAUCCAAAAACAAGCAAAUACACUAGUUCCAAAGACCGUGACAAAACAAAAUGACAAAGAAAAUUCUCUUUAUUGACCAUUUCUGAUACAAAUCGUAGGGCACCAUAGAAAUAUAGACAUUGUACAUUUAUAUACGUGUACAUUAAAAAGAAUGAUCCCAUCCUAUUGAGUUUACAGUAUAUAAAUCAACAGAUGCACGUUGCUAUGUAAAAUGACUUGAUGUCGUCGAGUAGUUUGGAGAGGAUGAAGAAGUGUUCGAAUGUUUGAAUGUUGCGCGAUUAUGGGAUGGGUGUGUGUGGUCGUGCCAGACGCACGGAGGCCAACAGAACAGUGAAGAACGCCCAGUCUACACAAACGUUUGUCCAUGAAAAUCUGAACCAAUAUUUCAGUGCACCAGAAGAUUUUUUUUUUUUUUUUAAAGGACCAAAAAAAAAAAAAGACAAAAAACACGCCUGCUAAUCUACCACAGUCAGCGAACACAGUUGUCAAGCUGACAGGUCUCCCUGACUUGCUUCACACAUUUAAAGAAAAAA